CUGCUGUGCAGACUGUUUACUUCCGUCAAUAUUACAGGGAAGAGAGAGAGAGAGAGAGAGAGAGAGAGAGAGAAAAAAAGAGAGACAGGAAAUUUUGUCCAAGCAAACAAAAGACUAGGAAUCAGAAGCGAUGCCAUUUUUGGGCCAAGAUUGGAGAUCUCCAGGCUGGAGUUGGAUCAAAACCGAGGAUGGAUGGAAACCCUUUGAGUUUUUGGGCACCAACAGUAAAGGAUUUCAGCUGGAAGACCUGGACAAUGAAAACAAAGAGAACAUAUAUGUAGAAAAUGUAUGCGAGGUCGCUGCAAAGAAAAGGAAAAAGGACUACGUCAACAACAACACAAAAUCGCAGUUUCUGUACAGGGAGCGGUGGAUCUACGUUCAGAAGGAAAGCACGAGAGAGAGACAUGGAUACUGUACGCUCGGGGAAGCUUUCAACAGGCUGGACUUUUCCAGCGCCAUCCAGGACGUGCGCCGCUUCAACUACGUGGUCAAACUGCUGCAUUUAAUCGCCAAGUCCCAGCUGACGUCUUUGAGCGGCGCUGCUCAGAAGAACUACUUCAACGUGCUGGAGAAGAUCGUGAGAAAGGCUCUGGAUGAUCACCAGAACCCUCGGUUGAUUAAAGCUUUACUUCAGGACCUCAGUUCAGUCCUGGGGACUCUCAUCCGUGAAGUGGGCAAGUCUGUACUUGUAGGCAACAUCAACAUCUGGCUGUGUCGCCUGGAGACCAUUCACAACUGGCAACAACAGCUCAACAGCUUACAGAUCCCUAAGCAAAUGACCAACGGCAUGACCCUGUGUGACCUCCCGCUGCACAUGCAGAACCACAUCCUGUACAAGUUCAGCGACGCCUGCGACAUCAUCAACCUGGGGCAGGCCACGCCCACGCUGCACAUGCUCAGUGAGGAUCGGCAGCUGUGGAAGAAGCUGUGCCGGUUCCACUUUGCUGAGAAACAGUUUUGCAGGCACUUGAUCACGUCAGAGAAAGGCCAUGUGGAUUGGAAGCUGAUGUUCUUCACAUUGCAGAAGUACUACCCAAAGAAGGAGCAGUACGGCGACACACUCCACUUCUGCAGACACUGUAGCAUACUUUUCUGGAAGGACCGACACGUGGCUUUGCUCUUGAAGGAUUCGGGACACCCCUGCACAGCCAACGACCCCGACAGCUGCCUCACCUCGGUCUCGCCCCAGCACUUCAUCGACCUCUUUAAGUUUUGAGGUUCACACCAUCUUGUGUAAAAUGAAGGACCGAAUCGAUAAGAAAACAUCCCUGUUCUACGAAUCUUCUUUCCUCACCCAAACUUAAAGGGCUUAUUAAUUCUAAUGAUGUCAUGGUUGUUAAUGUUUUUUUGUUCUCUUCAUUCUUUUUGUUUUUUACCCAUGUUUAAUGGGUCUGUUAGUUAGGUGGAGUUUAUAGAGAGGCUUUGCUGCAUGCUAUAGCAAGAGAUGGACAGGGAAAGAAAUGACUCCCGGGGGGGGAAAAAAAGAACAAGGCUUUUUUAAUUGUAACGAACGCAUGUUGACGGACGUAGCUGUGGCGUCGAGUUUGAUUCGUGGUAAUUGGUCGUGUCGUGCAUUUAUCAGACGUGUUUGACACUAAAGUGGACAUUUUGCACCAGUAGGUUUUUUUUUUUUUCUUUCCAUAUCAGUGACUUUUUAUAAUACACUUUUUUCCAAACAGAAAUUGAUAAUGGGGUGAGCACUGCUAUUUAUGAGCUAACGUAUUUUAUAUCCUUUCUUUUGCACUUUGAAAUAUUCCUGGAAUGUACUGUAUAUGUAACAGAUGAAGUUAGCACAUGAGAAGUGUGGCACUCCAUUGAUGGUACCGAUAAAGAUUUGGUAAAGAUAUAUUAAAGAAACUUAUCAAAUCUU